GCCUAGCAAUAAGAUAACUUAAGGCCACUUAAGUUAUUUGAGACUUGGGAUUGUACAGGUGCAAACAAGCGAGAAGUAAACAGUGAGCUUGUAGAAAUCAGAGAAAAUGCUGCAGCUCAUUGUGAUAUCAGCCAACGUUCAGCCCCCUCAAAUUCCCCCACCCAGUUUCUGUGUGACUGUAUACUUCAGAGAUGUCAAGAAGAAAACUCGAGUUAUAAAAGAUGACAAUAACCCCACGUGGAAUGAGACCCUAAUCUGGCAUAUAAGUCCAUAUUACUUGGAAGAAGAUGCCUUCCUGCAAGUCAUCCUCCGAGAUAUGAGCCUUGUCAAAAAUGAAAGGACUUUUGGUAUCUGCACUAUAUUCCUCAGGACACUGGCAGAAAACCCAGAUGAGUCCCUGGUCCUAAAUGAGUUGCCCCUGGUCAGCCGUACUAUAAAUCCUACAAAAAGUACCAUCACUUUACAAAUAACCUACCUACCAGAAGGCAACCAAAAUUUAGAAACUUGGGAAAAGUUUGGCAUCACCUGUAAGGAGACUGAAAGGCCAGAAAUUAUGUUGGGUGAUCACAGCGUGAGAAGGCCUCUGUUCUCCAUGCCACAGGACUUCCAGGUUCAGGUGAAGAUAUUUGGAGCCCACCAGCUCCAUGGAAACAACAUUGCACCAGUGGUGAAGAUAUUAAUUGGAAAUAAAUUGUAUCGGACUCGGAUCAAGAAAGGAAUCAACCCUUUCUUCAAUGAGAAAUUCUUCCAUAAUUUCCACCAUGUCUCUCCCACAGAAAUCUUUGAAGAAAUCAUCGCAAUUCGCGUGAUGGACUCCCGUGCAAGAAGAUCCAAAUCAGAGAUUGGGGCAUGCCAGAUAGAUAUUGGGACCAUCUACCGCUCUCCAGGACAUACCCUCAUGAGGAAGUGGCUAGGCCUCUGUCAUUCCAGUAAACCCACCUUGGGGAUCAGGGGUUACCUGAAGGUCACCAUCUCUGUCCUCGGCAUUGGAGACCUCGCUCCGGUGGAUCAUGGACAAUUGCAUGAGACUGGUCCAACAGAGAAGGAUCUCUUCAUCUCCGCCACAGUCCCCAUUCGAUUAGCUAACUUUGAGUUCCUUAUCUACUUAGCUGAAGACCUGCACCUCAAAACUGCUGUGACGUCCAGGCUCUUUUCCCACACUGUCAGGGAGAUAAAAGGCAUAAUGAAUCCAAUACUGGAGUUGGAAAUAGCUGGACAAAUACUCAAAACUAAACCGAGGAUGCACACAGAGAAGCCCAGGUGGGAACAGACUCUGAAAUUCUCUGUUCAGCUACCCUGUAUGACCAACCAUAUCAAGCUGAGGGUUCUUGACUGGAACAAAAGCAGACAUAAUGAUGUGAUUGGGACAGCCAGUCUAAACAUCACACAUAUCUCUUCCAUCGGAGCUUACUCUAGAGGAACAUUCUCAGGUUUCCUGCCCUGUUUUGGUCCUAGCUACAUCAUUCUUCAUGGGGGAGAGAAGGCAUUAUCCCAGAGCUUCCUGGAUGAAGAGCCUUUCCCUCUCCUCACCUCAACUGAAGAAGGCUUAAUUUAUCGAGGUAGAGUCUUAAUGGAAUUAGUCACUGGAAUCCAAGAGAUGAAAACAAGAUUUUUUCCCUCUAGGAUUACUUCUACCUUUAUAGAGAGUGGAUUGAGCAAAAAAGAUUAUGGACUGUGUGUCAUCUUCCUCUCCUCUACCAUGAUGCCUGCCUUUGAGGACUUGAUUCACUUCGAGGUUACCAUUGGCCACUAUGGUAACAAAAUGGACCUGAAUUACAAGCCACUGGCUUCUACCACUCCAUAUAGCCAAGCAGUAUUUGAUGGUACUUUAUACCAUUUCAUGCCCUGGCAAGAUAACAAGCCAGUAGUGUCCUUGAUUUCUACCUGGGAGGAUAUUGGCUACCGUAUGAGCUCUCUCAAUAUCCUACGCAUAGCCUGGGACCGACUGAAAAGCAACCUGGAGGCCCUGAAAUCAAUACAGAAUCCUAAGAACCCAGCUUUGCCUAGACUAUGGAAGAAAUUGCUGGAGGAGCUAAGGGAAGACUGCAAGAGGCCUCUGCCUAAUAUGAGGAAAGAAUCCACCUUUGUCACAAUCUUGGACAAGAAUUUAUUGAAACUUCGACACAAGGUCCUUUCAGAACUGGACUAUGAAGCCAAGAAGAGCAAACAUGAAGUCAUGGAGAUGUUGCCCACAGCUGAGAACUGGUUGUAUCGGCUCAAUGCUGUGCUAGCAGAGCCUCAGUUGAGCAUCCCUGAUGUGGUGAUCUGGCUCCUGUGUAAAGAACAGCGCAUUGCCUAUGCUCGGGUACCUGUCCAUACCAUCCUGUUCUCCAAGGCUGGGCCCUUCUCUUGCGGCAAGUUCUGUGGGAAGGCACAGACCCUCUUCAUGCAGUACUCCAAAGAAGAAAUGCCAAAGCCCUUCCUGAAGGCCGAAGAGGAGAAGGGGAUAAUGGCAGCCCAGCUCCGGGUAUGCAUGUGGCUAGGCAGUAUCUUCCACAGCAGUGCCUUGGCAGAGACCAGCUAUAAUGAUUUCAUCUUCUAUUCAGAGACAUAUGAGAACCAAGCCAUGUACAAGGGCAAGUGGGGACAACAAGGGCUGAAAAACUAUCCCAUCUUCUCUGAUGUCACUGCACAGCAGUAUCUCCCCAUGAAAAACUUCCAAGUGCCCCAAGGAUGGCGCUGGGAGGGAAACUGGUUUGUGGAACCCCAGAGAAGACUUCUAGGCAAAGAUAUCCAUCAAAAACAAAUACUGGAGGAAGUGUAUGAAAACCAGACACGAGACACCUGGAAGAGUUGGACUCCAGCUGCAAUACCAAACACUGAUAUGAUUGGACAGCCUGUGCCAGCCAAGGAGAGUAUGGAGUGCCCCAAAGGGUGGACCAUCAAAGAAAACUGGAAUGUGGAGUUAAACGAGGCAGUGGAUGAUGAAGGCUGGGAGUAUGGUGUGGGGAUUCCGCCCUCUGGUAUCCCCAAAGCCUGGACUGCUGUGGAGAAGACCUAUCAUUCCUGGCGGCGGCGGCGCUGGGUGAGACAGAGAUACCAAAACACUGAAGAGCAGAGACACGAACAGAAGCAGUCACCUGCCCUAUCUGGGGAAGAGGAAGGAUGGGAAUAUGUCUCGUUUGACUCCAAAUUUGGCCUAAAUCCACAGUCAGACAGCAAGUUUCGCCAUCGCUGCUGGCACCGUAGGAUGGUACCCAUUGAGAACACCAAUGUUUCUCCCAUCUUCUACCUGGAGAAAUCCUUGGAAAAAGAGAAGUUGAUGGCGAAGCAAGAGAAGAAGGAAAAGGAUGAUCCCAUGGCCCUAAAAAAAACUUUAAUGGAGCAAGAACUCAGGACUCCUUUCAUUUAUUGCAUCAUCCACAAACCACAGUACUACCAGCUCCUCUGUUAUAUCUACCAAGCCAGAAACCUGAUGUCUAAUCACGACCAGACCUUCUCAGGGUCUACCAUUCAGGUGGUCUUCCUGCACUAUGGCCAGCGCACCCGGACACUGGAGACUUCCUUGGUCCCAACAUGGGACCAGACAUUGAUCUUUGACCACAUUCCACUCUAUGAAAAACCCCAGGAUAUAGAAGAAAACCCUCCCCUUGUGUGCCUAGAGCUCUGGCAGCAGAAUUCCCAUGGCAAGCAGAGCUUAUGUGGGAGGAGCAUGUGUUCACCAAUUGUCUAUUUAGAUCUCAAAAAUCGAGUCCUACCUCUGCUAAGAUGGCAUUCCUUCAACAAAAUGCCAGGGGAGGACGAGGGAGAAGUUCUGGCUGCUUUUGAGCUGAUCCUAGAGACUGAGAUGGUCAGUAACCAGAGAUCUCCACUCAUGAGUAUACCCUGGAAGAAUGGCUACUAUACCCUCCCUCAAAGCAUCCAGCCCUCCCUGAAGAAAACUGCCAUUGAGAUCCUGGCUUGGGGGCUACGAAACAUAAAAAAGGCACAGUCUCCCCGGCUCCUGAUAGAAUGCGGUGGGGAAACUCUGGAGACAGCUCAGAUUGAAGACUUCUACUCCAACCCCAACUUUCCCCAGUCUGCCCUCCUACUCACCCUGUUCCUGCCUCAAGAGGAAGCAUAUGCCCCACCCCUGGUGCUGAAAGUGGUAGACCAACAAUACUUUGGCAUCCAGAUGGUGGUGGGUCAGGCUGUUGUCUCCUGCUUGCGUCCAUAUUUCUGUGACCCCUGGGCUAAAGACUAUGUAGCCCCACGCCUUCCUGCUAUUAUUCUCAAGAAAAACCAGGUUUUAGAUUGGUACAGAAAUUCUGAACAUGAUGAGGAAGAGUAUAUACAUGAAGUGGACUGGUGGAGCAAGAUGCUCUGGGCAACAGGAGAGAGCAAGAAGAAGUGGGACUACAGUGACUACUAUACUUUGAAGGUAUAUGACUGUGAGCUGGAAGCUGUACCAGACUUCCAAGGCCUGCAAGAUUUCUGCCAGACUUUCAACCUCUACUAUGAGAAGAAAACUGAAGAUAGUCCUGUUGUAGGGCAAUUUAAGGGCCUUUUCCGGAUCUAUCCACUUUCAGAGAAUCCCAAACAACCCAGUCCUCCACGCCAGUUUCAAAAUCUGUCUGAGAAACAGAGUGGCCCACAGAGGUGCUUAGUCCGAGUAUAUGUAGUACGGGCCUUCAACCUGCAACCUAAAGACAACAAUGGUUUGUGUGACCCUUAUGUGAUCCUGAAGUUGGGCAAGACAGUGCUAGGGAACCGGCACGAUUACAAGCCCAACACUGUGGACCCCAUCUUCGGCAGGAUGUUUGAACUGAAAUGCACUAUUCCUCUGGAGAAAGAUCUGAAAAUCACGCUUUUUGACUUCGACUUAAUUUCACCUGAUGAUAAGAUUGGGUCCACAGUCAUUGACCUAGAGAAUCGGCUCCUGUCCAGCUUUGGUGCUCGUUGUGGGCUUCCCAAGUCCUACUGUGUGUCAGGACCCUUUCAGUGGAGGGACCAGCUAACCCCAAGUCACCUCCUGGAGCGCUAUGCCCACAGGAAAGGCCUGCCCCCACCUGAUUUCAGCACUGAGGGCUCUAUCAUAUUCAAUGGGAGGACCUUCAAACUACCUAACUUUGAACAACAUACCCCUCAACUUAAGCACUUAGGUCCUCCACAAGAGCGCCUAGCACUGUACCUCUUGCAAGCACAAGGACAGGUACCUGAGCAUGUGGAGACUCGAACUCUGUACUCUAGCACCCAGCCAGGCAUUGACCAGGGGAAGGUACAGUUGUGGGUGGACAUCUUUCCCCUGCAUCUUGGGCCACCGGGGCCCGCAGUCAACAUUAAUCUCCGAAAAGCCAAAAGGUUCGAAUUGCGCUGUAUCAUCUGGGAAACAAGAGAUGUGGACCUGCAGGACGUCAAUUUAACUGGAGAGAAGAUGAGUGAUAUCUACAUCAAAGGAUGGAUGCAUGAGAUGGAAAAGGACAUGCAAAAGACAGAUAUCCACUAUCGCUCACUUACUGGGAAUGGAGAUUUCAACUGGAGGUUCAUCUUCACUUUUAAAUAUGUGCCCACAGAACAAGUCUGCAUCCUGAGCAAGAAGGAAUUCAUCUGGAGCCUAGACCGCACAGUGAAGAAGACCCCACCCCGACUUAUAAUCCAAGUUUGGGACAAUGAUAAAUUCCUUCCUGAUGACUUUUUAGGAAUCAUAGAGCUGGACUUGUGUGAAAUGCCAAUACCUGCCCGAAAACCCAGUAAAUGCACCCUGAGCAUGAUGGAAAGCAAACCUAAGUGGCCAUUUAAGUUCACCUACAAGCAUGUCUCCCUCUUCAGACAGAAAACUCUUGCUGGCUGGUGGCCUUGUCAGGUUCUGGAUAAUGGCAAAUGGCGUCUGUCGGGCAAAGUAAACAUGACCCUGGAGGUGCUGACAAAAGAGGAGGCUGAAGACAAACCAGCUGGGAAAGGCCGCUCUGAACCCAACCAAUACCCUACACUUCAUGCGCCGAUACGACCAGAAUCCUCAUUCCUGUGGUUCUUAUCACCUUCGCUCAGUAUCCGCUACAUCUGCUGGCAUCACUACCGCUGGAAAUGUGCUGUUUUCAUGAUAGCAACAAGCUUGUUUAUUAUGCUACUAAACUUUCUCUUUUCUAUUCCUUACUAUUUGGCCAUGAAGUUGUUCACACCUGAGUUUCGGUUAGCUGGGACUUUGCCUGAAACAGUCACUAAGACCAAGAGCACAACAACAACUACUCCUGGAGGUUCUUCUACUACCCCUGGAGGUUCUUCUACUUCCCCCGGAGGUUCUUCUACUCUGUUUUAUAGUCCACAGACUGAAGCUGACUAUCAAAACUCCACCAACUAUAUGGAUAUUUUUUUCUGA